GACUCUUUGACUGCAAUUGGCAUUAGUUCAACUGCAAACCUUGUUAACUAAACCACAGAACAAAAUGAAACUUUUCUCAAUUGUUUUCGUCCUGGGCCUUUUGGCUUUCGCCAGUGCUUCCCCUGUGAAACCUGAUGUGGUCAUCAACGGCGAUUGCCGUCAUUGCAAUGUUCAUGGAGGUUAACCAAGAAAAUUGCCAAUGAUCCUUAAUUAAUAAAAUUGCCUAUGACAAAACUGAAAGUUCAAUUCUUUUUUGUUCAAUAAAUUGUUCAUUACAUAA